UCCACCUUUUCCAAUUUUCCCCCCUCUUCGAGCAAGAUAGACGCAGGGGGAAACCGGAUAGAGGCAUCUGAGAGAUUCCAAUCGGCCUGCGUGUGGCAUUGCUGAAUUUGUUUUCUCAUUUCUUUGCCUCCGUUGGGCGUGGAAAUGGAGGGAGGGAAGGCGGGAAAGAAACCACUGGUUAUCGACUGGAACGCCGUUCUUGAUCACGACGACGACGACGACGAUCCAGUAGAACUGGAUGUCGUGCGUGAUGAGCAAUCCUCUCAGAGUGAAGACUUGCAAACCAUUCUUGAUCAUAACCUCCAUGAAACGAUUUGCAGAUUAGCAAAAGAGAUCAACGUUCUCUCCUCCAAAUUGCCCGACAAGGGUGCUAAGCUUCGAGCUAGAAUCCAGCGUCUCGAACACGAGGAAAAUCGCAGAAGACUCUCCCGAUUGCAGGCUGAUGAAGACUGCAGGAAUGUCACACAUUCAGGUGCAUGCAAUGGUUCCAGUUCAGUGUUUCAAUCAUUUCAAGCCCCUUCAAAGUCGGUAUUUAUUGAAAUAUUAGAAACGAAGUCAGAUACUAGUAUUCAUGUCGGAGGAGAUGCAUUUGCUAAGGAGUUUUCACAUUUACGCUCUGGUGACCGCCAAGAUGCCAGACCGAAUGGACGUUUGAUACAUGAGGAAAAUCAGUCAUGUUUAGUGUCUUCUAGAGAAUUACCUUUUAAGUUUUUGAACAGUGACUGUCAAGAUAAAGAUAGACAGCGACUCCCAAAUGGUGGCAAUCGAAAGGGAACUGCUCCCAGUUCUCAUAACUGUCAAGAUGUUAGACAGAAUGGACAUUUGAUACAUGGGGAAAAUCAGUCACGUUUAGUGUCUUCAAGAGGACCUUUUAGGUUUUUGAACAGUGACUGUCAAGAUAAAGAUAGGCAGCGACUCCCAAAUUGUGGUGAUCAAAAGGGAACUGCUCCCAGUUCUGGUAACUGCCAAGAUGCUGGACAGAAGGGAUGUUUUAGACAUGGGGAAAAUCAGUCACGUUUAGUUUCUUCAAGAGAAUCACCUUUUAAGUUUUUGAACGGUGAUUGUCAAGAUAAAAAUAGGCAGGGACUCCCAAAUGGUGGUGACCAAAAGGGAACUGCACCCAGUUCUCUUGACCAUCAGGAGGAAAAUUUGUCUGGCUGUUUCUCCAAGAAGAGGAAAUUUUUUCUACUCCGGAAUUCCCUUGAUUCGAGGACUAGAAAGACACCCCUGAAACAUGGCCAGAGUCACCAGACUGUGGUUCUUGUCGACGAAGAAGAUUGUCCUUCUGUAGAAACUACUCUGCAAAAAGACCAACCAAUUGGAUGGAAGAAGGAUACAAAAAUUUACUACCCUUCCAGAAAUGAUCCAGAAUCUGUUGAACUUUGUUACUCAGACAUUGAUUACCUUGCUCCUGAAGCUUUUCUGUCAUCAACUAUUAUGAAUUUUUACAUUCAAUAUCUACGGAGGCCAAGAUCCCCAACAGGUAGACCAAGAGGUGAUUAUCAUUUUUUCAAUACAUAUUUCUACGAGAAGCUUAAGGAAGCUGUAUCAUACAAGAAGAAUGAGAAGGAUGCAUUCGUGAAGUUCAGAAGGUGGUGGAAAGGUGUCAAUAUUUUUCAGAAGGCAUACAUACUUUUGCCAAUACAUGAAAAACAGCAUUGGAGCUUGGUAAUUAUUUGCAACCCAGACAAGGAUGAGGAAUCAGAACAGAUUAUACUCCUCCAUUUGGAUUCAUUGGGAUGCCACGCAAGUAGUGAAAUUUUUGAGAACAUUAGAAGAUUUUUAAUGAAAGAAUGGAAAUACUUAAGUGAAGAAGUUGCACCUCCAGACAUUGGAGAUAGAGAGCGGAGUUACCUUCAAGAUAAAAUAAGUGGGCAAAGAAUCAUGGUUCCCCAACAGAAAAAUGCAUAUGAUUGUGGCAUCUUUGUGCUUUACUUCAUGGAACGCUUCAUCAAAGAGGCCCCUGAAGGGAGGAUAAAAGAGAGAAAUCCAGCAAUGUUUGGCAAACAAUGGUUCAAACCUGAAGAGGCCUCAGGGCUGAGAGGGAGGAUUCGGGAGUUGCUUAUUGAAGAGUUUGAAAAUGCUGAAAUGGAGGAUCUUAGCAGGGAAUCAUCACCUGUAUCUUCAGAUGAUGCUCCAGUAGGCGACACUGAGUAUCAUUACGAGAUUAUCGACUGAUGAUCUGGCCUGAAUGGGACAUUUGCUCCGGAGGUGGGGUUUGCUUAUGCUGUUCAUCUACCCAGAAAUGUAUAGCCUCCUGUAUAUAUUGUGAAUACCAUGCUUUCUUCGGAUCAUCUGUACCUCGUGUGCUCACCGCUGAGAUUGUCAACAAAUUUUAUCGAAUUAGCUUGGAGAAGUGACUGUUACUACCUGUAACUGAACUCUGUGUCAUCAUUAGAAGUUUGUAAAUAGGUUCCAUAUCAGUAGAUUGGUCAAAAAGGGCUACAGAAGACACUGUAUAAAGUAGUUGAUGGAGCAUGAAGCCAUCUUUGAAAUCCAUUGUAGAAGAAAAUAAACAACCAUAGAAACUUGAACUUUUAAA